AUGGCGUCCAGCAGCCAAUCAGUAUGACGAGCAAGGAACAUUUUGGCCAGCAGGGGGCACUACUUGAAGACCCUUCAGCAUGGUUGGCACUACAAGCAGCAAACGGCCUCGCGAUUCCGUACCUGGGCGUACUGUUGGACGUGAAGGUGGGUGAUGUGCUCUUCCCUGGCUGUGGCGUUGUAGUGGUUAAAGAUCAUUGCUUGGCUAAUACAAAUGGUUUAGUGGGAACCAACAUAAUUAAGCAUUGCUGGGAUACACUGACCAAAGACAAUCUGACUGUGCCCUCUUUGUCCAGUGAACGCUUUCAACAGCAGUCGUGGCGCAAUGCCAUGAGAGUAUGUGCAAAGGAGGCCAGAUUUGCAGCCAGCGAUGGGUUUACAGGGUAUGUACGCACUAUUAACCGUUACCCUCUGGAAAUUCCAGGACACAGUGAAGUCCUGGUGUGGGGCCGUACCAAGGCUGGCAUUCAGAAACGGGAUUACCAGUGCCUAGUGGAGCCCUUUGGGGAGUCUGAUGUGCUCACCGCUCGAGCAGUAUCAACGGUCAAGCAGGGGAAGGUUACCCAUCAGAGUGAGAAACAUAAGCAGCACCCCGGUCUACCUACGACGCCACCAGAAGCUGGCUAA